CCAGCGAAGACCGUCCCCGCCUCGGCAAUGUUUACCAACACGGCCCGCAUCCUUUAAUAAGAGAAAAAUUAUAUAAAAAGAAAAAAGAAAAGAACGAGUGAGAGGUGAGAGGAAGGAGGAGGUGAGACUGGCCUGGAGGACUGCAAGAGGAGGAGGAGGAGGAAGAAAAUAAACUAUACUUCUUAAUUUUCAUCUUCUUUCUCUAGUCUAAGGUAACCCAAAGCCGGGACCCCAGUGCUACACGAGUGCGCAUCCCCUUUUAUCUACGCUUGAUACAUUGCGACACAGGAGAAACACCCUUGAGAACCCUUGUGGUGAUGGCGGUGAUGCUGGCGGCGGUGCGCUUAGGGGCCACACGACACGGGAGGAGCUACAGCAGAAUAGUCACACUACUGCGAGACAAGCCCUUGCAGAGACGUGUGGAAGUGAAUGGGUGGGUGAAGGCAGUGCGGCGGCAGAAGGAACGCACCUUUGUGGAUCUCGACGAUGGAUCCUGUGUCAAGAACCUGCAGGUGGUUGUCCCCUCCACCCAGCGACCCCCAGGGCUGACCUUCCACGCUGCAGUAAGGGCCCAGGGAGAGCUACGGCCCUCCCCCACCCAGCGCAGGAGGUGGAGCUGUGGGCGGACCAGAUGGAGGUCAUCAGGUGUGGAAGACAAGACAUACCCGUUCAAGCCGCGCCACACACACCCGCCAGACCACCUGAGGGAAUGCCCACACCUGCGGCCGAGGGACAGUACCUUCGCUGCCAUGCUCAGGGUCAGAUCGCAGGCUAAGCUCUCUAUACAGCAAUAUUUUGAUCGCCACGGCUUCACCUGCAUUGACACACCUGUUCUCACCGCUAACGACUGUGAGGGAGGUGGGGAGGUCUUCAGCAUACAGGCAACCCCAGGAUCCCAGAAUCCCAGCAGAGGUCAGGUCAUCCAUUUUUUUGGUCACCCCACCCACCUCACUGUGUCUGGCCAGCUCCACCUUGAGGCCGCAGCAAGCUGCCUCUCCAAGGUCUACUGUUUCAACCCAGCCUUCCGAGCAGAAAAUUCGUUAACAAGGCGUCACUUGGCCGAAUUCUGGAUGGUGGAGGCGGAGGAGGCCUUCCUGGGGGAGGAGGGGCUGGAGGGAGUGGCAGAGAGGGUGGAGGGGCUGGUGAAGGACUGCGUGGAGGAGGUCGUGGAGAAGAGACAAGAGGAGGUGGCUCUGCAUUGGAGGAGCUGUGAGGGAAGGGAGGCAUUAAUCCACCAAGCCCUUUGCCAACCCUUCAUCCACAUCACCCACAAAGAGGCAGUGGACACCCUCAUCCGCCACGCCCCCCACCUGUCCGUGCCGCCCCCCGCCCCCCACGAAGACCUGCGGAGGGAGCAUGAAGCCUUCCUGACCUCCCACGCCGGCCAGCGACCCGUUCUUGUGACCCACUGGCCCCAAGAGGUGAAGCCGUUUUAUAUGGCAACAGUGGAGGGCAGGCCGGAUGUGGCACUGGCACUAGACUUACUUCUGCCAGAGGUGGGUGAAACUGCUGGCGGAGGGGUGAGGGAGCCUUCCACGGACGUCCUCCUUCAGCGCCUUCCCCAGGACACUCAGAAGGGCCUGCAGUGGUACCUGGAGAUGAGGGGGCUGGGUGGUGCUCCUCCUACAGCUGGGUUCGGCCUGGGAUUCGAGAGACUGGUUCAAUUUAUAUUAGGGGUUAAGAACAUAAAAGAUGUGGUGUUGUUUCCGAGAUGGGCUAAACAUUGCCUUGGUUAGGGGAGGGUAGGGGAG